GGCGUCCGCUCAAUACACACACAUUACUAGGCGGGCAGAUCUCAUCUCGUACCCCGAACCGCAGCAAUGGCGGACAAAUACAUUCUCAAAGUCACGGCAGGGCCUAAUUACGAAGAUCAGCAACCAGUUCCCGUGAACACCGAAGAAUCGAUACGCAUAUCUAACGAGCAUCUCACCGCCGACCUGCGAAUACGGGUCCAAAACUACCGCGGUUUACCUGAAGGCUCACCGAAAGCUUCGCCAUACUUCGAGCAUGAGAAGCACAAAUCCGACUUAUACUCGCUGGCUUUCACAUUCACGCCCAAGGAAGACUUCAAUGGUCACGAUCUCGUUUUUGGAAAUGACUUCGACCAUCCAAUCAGGGAUAAGCUUCCUCCCGGAUUCAAUCAAGCAUUCAAAAUUGCAACGUGGUUCAUAGAUCCUGGUCUGUAUGGAGAUGUCUAUGCAGACGAGCCCUACCUGUACGGACCACUCCUCAGCUCAAUCAACACCUUCAGGAUAGGGCCAAAAGACGACAAGGAACAGGAAAAGGUGGAAGAGGUGCGUGGAAACGAGAAUGUUGUUGUAUUCGAAGAGGGUGCAGACGGCGAUGGUCAAGAGGUGCGAGACAGCUUAGGCCUUCCAGCUGAGGGUCCGGCGAGACAGAAGUUCUUCUUGACGGAGAAGCAUCUGAAGGACAUCACAUUAGAAAAGAAUAGGGAGUACUCUUGCGACUUUUUCAAUCCGUAUUUGGACUUCAAUGAUUUCGCACUCCGCCUGCCAGGUUAUAGCUUAAUUCCUGGGAUCACGAUACCCAUAAUAUCAUACUGGGAUGGUCAGCCACUUCGCUCACACUCGCUCAGAUAUGUCCUCAAAAAUCGCAAAACCGACGAGCCACUUCUCGUCAUGAUCUUCACGCUUCUGCCAAAGGAAGAACACGGAUCCGGGAAUGAUGACGGGACUGUGAAAGUCCAGGACGUCGAGAAAGAGGCAGCGGGAAGCGAAAACGACGAUCUGGACUAGAAUAGCCGAGUGCAGCCAUCUUCAGCCAUUAUAGAUGCAUACACUUCUUCCGACCUCUUCUCGGUGGAAACAGCGAUUGCCGCUCGAUCUGACACGAGAUCGAAGUUGCAAUUCGGAUUUCAAUAGAACUAUUCUGGAGCGGACCUUGCACGCCUAGGAGAAUUCGGCGGCAGCUUCGAAAUUGGAGCGCAAAGGCCCACGGCGGCUUUACAUAGACUCGUCAACAUGGAUAGAAGACGCGAUGGUACAGUAGCACCAGAUGAACAGCGCUGAAGAAGCCGGUCGAGUGGCAGAAAGAGAGAGAAGGCCACGCACUGCACUGGCAGUUUUCAAGAUUCAAGUUGCUUAAGUUAGGUACGAUAAUUUGGUUUACAGUAAUCAAUAUUUGACCAAACGAG